AUGCGCAGCGCUUUGGAACUGAUGGUUUGGAGCAUGAAGCCGAUUCAUUGCCUUCCGAGGUCCGCGCCGCCCGCGAUCGGUUCCUCGCCUUUGAAGCCGAAUGCCUUUCUUGCAUCACGGGAUGAAGCCAGCCAUAGCGCUUCUGCUACGCGCCCCCGUCGUUCGUCUUUGUUGAGCGCCAAUUUUGAUCGUAUGGGGAAUGACGAAGACAUAGAGGUUGUUGGAAGCCGCCGCGCUACCCCCCGUAAGGGUUCGAAGUACCCAUUUUGUGCCCGUUUUGAUCGUCUCGUCCGGCCGCAAUGUGGCGUUGGUAUUCUUGCCACCGAGGCGUUGUGGUGGGUGGCACUGCAGGCCCGGUCCAACUGGAAAUGGGCCAGGCCUGCGGCUAGUCCUGAUAAUCUGCUCGACAAAGGAGGAGGAGACAGCACUUGGAAGUUCACCCAGGAUGAGUUGCACGCAGUCCCCGACAAACUCAAAUCUGUCAGAACAGGGUUGAAAGCUACUGCGCCAACGGAUUGA